AUGCCGGCUGCGCGCCCUCGGGCUUCCUUCGAGCCUAUACCACCUGACUUUGAUGUGCGCACAUUUGUCGAAACGGCAGACAACUUCCAAUAUGUCGACCGUAUAUCCUAUGAGAUGAUCGCGAACAAUGGCGUAGAAGCCUUCGAGAAACUUGUCCUUUUGCACGUUGUUAUAGGUGGAAAGCCUCUGGUGAUUGACGGUUUUGAGGAAGUGCUGGAUCCUUGGACCUUCACGCCCUCCUGGCUGCGCGACAACCAUGGCGACAAAAUUGAGAACGCGCACAACCUCACCACGAAAGAGAAUAUACCUCUGACUAUCAAACACUACCUCAAGCACAUGACCAAAUUGACCGAGCAGUUCUUCGACGGAACCGACAAAUGGCGAGACAAGGCCCGUCAGCGCAUAUAUCUGAAGGAUAUAGAUUGUCCACAAGUGUGGCAAGACAAGCUGAAAGAAAAUAUUCCCUCAGGAUUGUUCUAUCUGAACGAGAGCACUGGCGAACCCGGCGGCCCCGGAGCCUUGGACGAGUUCGGUGGUCGCAAAGGACGAGGCAUUGGGCGGGCGGGAGAUCUCAUGAGCAGCCUACCACCAGAGAUGCGCGCCGAGAACCUCAUGUGCUACAUUGGACAUGAAGGCACCUAUACCCCCUCUCAUCGAGAGAUGUGCGCCUCUCUCGGUCAGAAUAUCAUGGUGAACGCUUCAGGGACUAUCAGUGAAGACGGCAAAUCCGAACGCCCAGGUUCAUCCAUCUGGUUCAUGACGGAGAGCAAGGACCGCCAUGUUGUCUCCGAGUACUGGCUUUCUAUAUUAGGACACGACAUCGAGGUCGAGAACCACUUUGCACAGCUCAUCGCAUGGAAGAAGGCCCCAUUCCAAACCUACGUUGUUGAGCAGCGGCUGGGCGAUUUUAUUCUCAUACCACCAUUGGCUCCCCAUCAAGUGUGGAACCGCGGCACUAGAACUAUGAAGAUUGCAUGGAACCGAACAACCGUCGAGACUCUGGAACUCGCACUAAACGAAGCCUUGCCUAACUCACGUGUCGUUUGCCGAGAUGAGCAGUACAAGAACAAAGCCAUCAUCUACUAUACCCUCCUCAAGUAUUCUAAUCUCAUCAAAUCCGCUCGUGCGCAGGUAGAAGCAGGCGGAGAACAAGCAGAGGCGAUUCAACGAUCUGUCAAGAUAAAACAAGUCCAGAAAGACUUCAAGAAGCUCUUUGACUUGUACAAAGUCAUUCUUCUAUCAGAGAUGUUUGCGCCGGACUCGCGAGAGCAUCCCGAAUUCCUUCCGUACGACAGUAACGUGACGUGUGCGUACUGCAGGUGUAACAUCUUCAAUCGAUUCUUGAGUUGCAAGACUUGCAAGAACCUAUUCAGCUCAGAGAUUGAAGAGCCUUACGACGUCUGCAUGGACUGCUAUUGCAUGGGUCGAAGCUGUGCAUGUCAAUCAGGCUACACGUGGGUAGAGCAGUGGAAGUGGAAAGACUUGAUUCACAAGUAUGAGGAAUGGCGGGCCAAGAUCAUCGACAUCGAUGGUUAUGUCAAUGAGAAGACACCAUUGCCCCUACAAGAAGAGCGACGAUAUCUAGGCAAGAAGACAUUGGCUCAAGUCUGCCAAGAGCAGCUGCGAGUUCGACCCUUUGUCGACAUCAAGAACCCACAACCCGAAGGCGCAUCCGAGGAUGACGAGCCGAUCGUGGACGAGUACGGAAACGUCAAGAAGGUCUCCAAAAAGAAGUCAAGACAGUGGCAAGCUAAGCAUAAGUCUUGUCACUUUUGUCUUCACCGGCAUCCUAAAUGGAAAAUGGCUUUCUGCUCGAGCUGCGAUUUGGCAUAUUGUUACGGCACCUUGUUCCGAGCACAUGACAUGAUGCCGCUAAAUGUAAUGGAGGCCCACAACUGGAAAUGUCCACAUUGCCACAGAGUCUGUAACACUGGCGCAUGUCGGCGCGAUCCUAGGCAACACCCAUACGAGCCCAAGGGAACUCUACUUGGCCACGACACCAAGAAGGUUGCUGACAUACGUUCCGUGGAAUGCCUGGUGGACUUUGGCAUAUCGAACCUCAAUUGGUUGCGGGAAGAAGAGGGUAUGGCCCAGACUGUAAUGCAGCGACGGAUGCAGCAGGCAGAAAUGGACAAGAUGGCGGAUCCCUCUCUCGAUGCGAGAUUUAUGGAGGAUGACGAUCACGCGUAUACCAGAUAUGGAAUCACCUAUUCCCCUGCUGAGGACACUCACGGAAAUAUGAACGAAAAUGGAGGGCCCUCUCAGCUCCUGGGGACCAAUGGUGACUCUUACUUUCCUGAUCCUGACAUGGACAACGAGAUCCCACGUCUGGGUCAGAAGCGCGGCCAUGAAGAAGACGAGGAAGCAGACGGAAACCGUCGGAAGAAAACCAAGGGCAAGAAAAAGAAGGACGAAGAUGCACAACCGCUCCAACCAAAGAAUGCAUCUGGCAAGCAAUACCAGAAGGAAGUACAGAGGAAGCUUCUUGAAGAGGCCAAACGCGAAGACAGAUUCAUUCUGGUUGCCGCUAGGAUGAAGGGCAAAUCUAAGGUCGUAAGGCUGUCUUUGCGUACGGGUCUUCUCGAGCAGAUCCGCCAACGACCCGAACCGGAACGCCCAAAGGUCUUGAGACAGAUGACUUCAGAAGAGGUUGAGAUGUCUGGUGACAUGCGGUCCAUCCUGCAGUCGGAUGUCGUGCCCAAGCCGAAUGCGCUCAAGAGCGUAGCCGAAAAGGAGAAGGAUGCGAAGACAUAUCGCGUUCGUGUAGAGGAAGAUGGAGCAUACUCGACAAGGAAACGCAAUCCUGAAGGCAGUGGCACCGCAAAGCCUGGAAGACCUCGUGGUUCUAGACGAUUCGAAGAGAUCACACUCGAUUCAGACGAGGAGUUUGCCGCUGAAGACGGCGAGCCAGAACAAAUGGGCCGACCACGUGGAAGAGCAUCGAACUGGCUAGCUCGCCGGAAUGAAGAUGAAGAAGACCUACCAACAGAGCUGCCGACGAACUUCAGGGAGGGUGAUCUGAGACCCAGUCGAGAAAAGGAACGUCGAAAGACUAUGCCCACAAUAUCAAAGGCAGGGAUCAGACCGGUUGGAAGGCCACCAAAGAACCCACAACAAGACAUCACGGGCGGUAUAUCCGGACACCCAUCUGAUGAAGAUGGUAUCCACGAGGACGAUGAGUCCAAUGAGACAUUUCUCCUCGCACAGCAGGCUGCUGCUGCUGCCCUCGAAGCGCAACGCCUUGAGGAGGAGGCGAAAGCACGUGCCGAGGCUGAAGCUCGAGAGGCUCAGGAGAAUCUUCGUGCGAAGAUGGCCUUGUUCCCAGGAUCAGAUGACGACGACCAACUUCUUGACAACUUUCUUGGAGAUUUACCAGUCGAGGAAGACUCAGUUGAAGAUGAGGUCCAACCUGAGCAUGUUCAGUCUACAUACGCGCAACCUAGUAACACAAUCCCAAGUGGCUUGAACGGUAAACAGACAAACUUUGUUGCGGUAUCUGCCAAUCGAAACGGCAAUACUACACCAUCAUCAAGGUCUGCAUCGAUUGCCAAAAAGGCAUCAGCGAUCAACCUCUCGGAUACUGAGAGUGACGACGAGAUUCCCGCGACUGCGCCCAUAAUCAAGAGACCUUUAGGCAGGCCACCUGGUCGAUCUUCCAUGGUCCCCACGAGAGGUUCAAGCACUGGAAAGCGCGGUCGUGGGCGUCCCAGAAAAGCGGCAUAAUAUCAUGAUAUCAGGCGUUCGGUAUUUACAUUACGGUGUUUGUGUUUUGACUACUUCUAUACCAAAUGGUUGUUCAGCAUGGCGUGCUUGGGUUCUUACAUACCAAUGGGGCUUCUUUCAGGAUUUAAUGCAUGCAUGGCUGUUAUAUUCACAACCUUUCAUGUGCUAUAUGAACAUUAGGGUUACGGGCGAGCUCCAGUAGAGCUUGCAGUUAGUUAGGUAGUACCAAUGGGGCUUCUAUCAGGAUUCAAUGCGGGGAUGGUUGUUACAUUUCAGACCUUGCAUGUUCCAUAUGAACAUUAGGGUUACGGACGAGCUCCAGUAGAGCUUGCGAUUAGGUAGCUGUCGAUAGGAAUGAAUGAGGAUGAUACAGACUAAACCUAA